AUAUCUGACAACUAUAUGGGAGAUCUAUGUGUUAAUUUUAAGAUAGGGGACAGAUGUGAAGUGGAACCUGGAGAGAGAAGAGGGACGGUCAAAUUUGUUGGUCAGGCAGAAACACUUGCACCUGGGUUUUGGGUUGGAGUGCAGUUUGAUGAACCAGCAGGAAAACAUGACGGCAUGGUGAAAGGGAAACGUUACUUUGACUGCCCUCCCCUUCAUGGUGCAAUGGUCCGACCAGACAAAGUAAAGAUUGGAGAUUAUCCAGAAAAAGACCCCUUUGAGGAAGAGGAAAUUUAAAUUUCAAGAAAUCGCCAGUCUGCUGCUCCGCUUGCUUUGCUUUGCUUAAUCUUUUAAUAGAUAGGAGAUGCCGGUUUUAAAUAUACAAUUGAGCAGAAAAGAUGAGCAAGCUUACCUAAUUGAAAGUCACGGUAAUACUCAGAAAAAUUUUCACUUCGAUGACAAAACCUGAGUGAGUUAUAACAUUUACUCGGCAGUUGUAUACCAAUUGCUAUUGUGAUUGUGAAUGUGUUCUUACUGUUGAUUAUAAGUACAAAUCGGUUAGCAAGUUUCAGAGAUGUUUAUUUCA